AUGGCGGAGGCAUAUCCAUUCAGUGAUGAUGACGAAGGGGAUGCUCUAUUGGACCGCGCCUAUGAUCGGUGGGAACAGUUGGGAGGGGCUGCUGUCCGUGGCCCUCUCUUUCAAUUCACUAUGCAACCUAUCGGUCGACGACGCCGCUGGCGUGAUGUGGUGGAACGGGCGCAAUUCAAUGCGCAAUUACGGCAAUUGCGGGAUCCUGUGCCUGGAGAUAAUAUUGGGUUGGCGUUGACCGAAGCACUCCAUCAAGCCAUUGAAACAGAACUGGGCCGUGAGCAGCGACCUGCCCAUCAUUUUGUGAAUUUUGCUAUCACAGCGCAUGGAUUCACCCAUGCUUACCAAACCGCCAAUUUUACCGUGGGGGAGUUUUUACAACGCACUGCCCGUUUGGAUGAAAUGUUAGCGACCUUGGCCGGCAAGUUGAACAGUAAUGAAGCCUUCAACCCCGACCAUGGGUUCCAAGUCGAUGUGGUGUUUGUCUCCAUGCCUGGUCCAGGGUCUGGUCGACAUAAAGAACGCAAUCCUGGUCGACUAUGCCUGGAUCGAGAAAAUAAGAAAAAAAAAUGUAUUAUCACUAUUCGAAACAGAGAUGCCCUAUGCUGUGCUCGCGCGAUCGUCACCAUGCGUGCCCACUGCCAUAAAGAUCAAGGCGUGGACGGGUUUCGCGACUGGGACAAUCUCAAACGGGGACGUCCUGUGCAGUCACGUCAAGCCCAGGCCCUCCAUCAGCAAGCAGGGGUGGCUGAGGGUCCCUGUGGUUUACCCGAGCUGCGUCAAUUUCAACAGGCGUUAGGACCUCAAUAUCAACUCUUGGUGAUGACCCGGAUGAAACCGUUUUUUCUCAUCUUCAAAGGCCCUGACGCGCCUCAUCCGAUUCGUUUAUUGAAAUCUGAUGAUCAUUUUGAUGGAUGCACGUCCUUUCCGGCGUUUGUCAACCGCUCGUAUUAUUGCCUGGACUGUGAACGGGGGUUCAACACCAACGACCGGACUCAUCACAGUUGUCAAGGAAGACGCUGCAAAGCGUGUGGUCGAUUUGACUGUCCAGAGUAUGUGCGUGGUACCCGCCCUACGGACUAUUGCCCCUUCUGUCAUCGCAAGUUUUACGGUGAGCAAUGCAAACGUCAUCAUGUGGAAAGCCGGCAAUGUCAAUCCAUCAAAACCUGUCUCAAGUGCCAGGCCCAGUACAACGUUCUCCCUAACCGACGUCACCAGUGUGGGUACGCCAAAUGUCCUGUGUGUCACGAAUGGGUGUCUAUCCAAUACCAUAAGUGUUACAUUCAACCCGUGGUCGAGAAUGAGGAAGAAGAAGAAGAACCCACAGAGGAGGGGGGAGGUAGCAUGGUGGCGCCACCCCCUCCCCUGUUUGUUUACGCCGAUUUUGAAGCCAUGCAGAAUGCGGAAGGUGUGUUUGUGGCCAAUUUGUUAUGUUAUUCGUCCAGUGAAGAAACGACCAUUCAUGUGUUGGACGGAGAAGACUGUGCCCUCCAAUUUUUGCAUGAUUUGGAUGCUCUCACGGACAUUCCAGACAGUGAGAGUGAACGGGGGAUUCUUGUGGUGUUUCACAAUUUGAAAGGCUUUGAUGGUAUGUUUAUUUUGCAUGAACUGUACCAGCAACAACGCGAGGUGGUGGAUCAAUUGACCGUGGGCGCUAAAGUGUUGUCCUUCAGGAGUGGACCCCUCAAAUUCAUUGACUCGUUGUGUUUCCUGCCCAUGCCAUUGGCCUCGUUUCCUAGCACCUUCAAUUUGACCGAAUUAAAGAAGGGCUUUUUUCCGCAUUUGUUUAAUACCCCGGAUCAUCAACAGUAUGUGGGCCGCAUCCCUGAUUUGGAAUUUUAUGAUCCCGAGGGUAUGAUGGCCAAAAAGAAAGACGAACUGACGCGUUGGCAUGCCGACCAAGUCCGUCGUAACGUACGUUUUGAUUUCCGGCAAGACAUGAUCGAGUACUGCAAGUCGGAUGUGGCGCUGUUGAAAGCGGGGUGUGAAGCUUUUCAGCAAGAAUUUGAACAGCAGGCUGGUUUCAAUCCCAUGGCCAAAUGCAUCACCAUCGCCAGUGCCUGCAAUCUCUAUUGGCGCAAGCACCAUUUGACUCCCGACACCAUCGCUGUCGAACCGCUCAGGGGUUGGCGAGGCGCCCAAGUCAAUCAAUCCCUCAAGGCCCUACAGUGGCUGUACUACCAAGAACAUCUUCUUCCUAAAGAGGGAGCCAGUGCCGAUCGUAUUCGACAUGUCCGGAAUGGGGGCGAGCAGUUUGUCCGGACCUUCGUGAACAGUUAUUUUGUCGAUGGCUACGAUCCUCUGACCCGCACUGUCUACGAAUUUCAUGGGUGUCUCUACCAUGGCUGUCCCACUUGUUAUCCUAUGAGAAACGCCAAACAUUAUGCCACACCGGAUCGAAGCGUGGAGGAACUGUAUCAAGCCACGCUCUCUAAACGUAUGGCUCUGCUUCGAGCGGGUUACACGGUGAUCGAAAUGUGGGAGUGUGACUGGGACAAGUUGGUGGCCAUGGAUGAAGCUGUCCAACGUUUCCUGACGUCGUUUGAUUUGGUGGCACCCUUGGAACCCCGCGAGGCCUUCUUUGGGGGUCGCACCGGUGCGGUGGCCCUGCAUGCCGUGGCUGGGGAAGGGGAGGAAAUACGAUAUGUGGAUGUCACGUCCCUGUACCCAUGGGUGAAUAAGAACUGCCCUUACCCUAUCGGUCAUCCCCAGAUCAUCACCCAGCCCGCCGACCAGUCUUUGGCGUCCUAUUUUGGUAUUGCUACGGUGGACAUUCUGCCCCCGGCUGGUCUAUUCCACCCGGUCUUGCCUGUACGCUGUGGCCAAAAGCUCACGUUUCCUCUCUGCCGUGCCUGUGUCCAGACAGAGCAAGCCCAACCCAUGUUGACCCGAACCCAGUACUGCCCUCAUUCCGACGCGGAUCGUACACUACGUGGGACCUGGUGCACGCCCGAAUUGGUCAAAGCGGUGGAAAAGGGGUACACCCUGAUCAAAAUCCAUGAAGUCUGGCAUUUUUCCCCCGAGCAACGCCAAACGGGUCUUUUCGCUGAGUACGUCAAUACCUGGCUCAAACUCAAGCAAGAAUCUGCGGGGUGGCCCAGUUGGUGUCAGACCCUCGAGCAGAAACGCGAGUACAUUCAUCGCUACCAGGAACGGGAGGGGAUCCGACUGGACAUUGCCAGUAUUGCCAAAAACCCUGGUCGUAAGGCCACCGCCAAACUCAUGCUGAAUAGUUUCUGGGGCAAGUUUGGCGAGCGGAUCAACAAACCCACCACCGUCACCGUUCAAAACCCCGCCCAUUUGUUCAGCCUCGUUUCCGAUGCGGCUCUUGAUCUCAGUACGCUCCGCCUCUGUACCGACGACAUUUUGGAAGCCGUCUACACCAGUGUCCAAGACAAUGCUGUCAAAGGCACCAAGACCAACAUCUUUGUGGCGGCGUUCACCACGUGUCAUGCCCGAUUGAAACUCUACGAGUCCCUGGACACUUUCCAGCAGCAAGUGCUUUAUUAUGAUACCGACAGUGUAGUGUACAAGUGGCGUCCCGGUCAACCCAGCAUUACCACUGGGGAUUUUCUAGGGGACAUGACGGAUGAAUUGGACGGGGAUGUCAUCACCGAGUUUGUUUCGGGGGGCGCCAAGAAUUAUGGGUACACGACCCGUGGAGGUAAAGUGGUGUGUAAGGUCCGCGGUUUCACGUUGAACGUCCGGGGGUCGGCCAUUCUCAAUUUUCAUACCAUGAAAGAGAACAUUCUCUCAGAAUUAGACUCGCCUCAGGACACUCGUCGAAAUUUGAACAUUGUCAACCCCUAUCAUUUCACACGGGAUUUGGAAAAGAAACACAUUCAAGUGGUUCCGCGCGUGAAGCAGUAUGGAUUGGUGUUUGAUAAGCGUGUCAUUGAUGUGUCUACUCAAUCCAGCUAUCCCUAUGGCUACGAGAGGAUUGGGGACGAAUUGGAUCUUCUAUUAGAUUUGUAA